GCAACAACAUAUUAUUAUUGUCGGUGGCGGCGUCAUUGGUGCUUCUUCUGCUUAUUUCUUGUCGAAAUAUCCUUCAUGUCGUAUUACCCUGAUUGAAAAAACUGAGAUUGCCUGUGGAGCCAGUGGUAAAUCGGGCGGCUUCCUAGCACUUGAUUGGAGCGAUUCGCAUCCUGGCAUGAAGGCACUUUCGCGGGCUUCGUAUCAACUCCACCAUGACCUGGCUAAAGAAUUAAGCGGGGAUCAAGCCUAUGGAUAUCGCACCAUGAACACGUAUUCUGUCGUGUUCGAUACAGACAAGACCAAUAAGAAACGUAAACCUGUCAAGAGCGAUAUUGCAUGGAUUCAUCAACAGCAUGUACGCUCGUUUGAGCAGAUGGGAACCACAGAAACAACCGCCCAGGUAACUCCACCUUUGUUUACUCAGACUCUAGUGGAUGCAGCUGUCAAGACAGGUCGAGUGGAAGUCAAGGUGGGUCAAGGUGUCUCGGAGGUAUUGUUUGAGGAUCAAAAGGCUGUAGGUGUUGAGUUGAAGAACGGAGAGACCUUGCAUGGUGAUCAUGUUGUUGUGUGUAUGGGGCCUUGGAGUGGUCAAUUGAAACUAAAGCAAAAGAUUCCUGUGCAUGGAUCGCAUGUCCAUUCAAUUGUGUUGAAGCCUGAGGAUCCUACCAUCCCUAACCAAGCGAUUUUUACUGCUAUUUUAGACCAUGGCACAACUGCUGAGCCCGAAGUGUAUCCCCGACCGGAUGGUACUGUAUACCUAUGUGGUGCAGCCGAUAAAGAACCUUUACCUGAAUCUGCUGAUUUAGUCAAGGUAGAUCAAGAAGCCAUUGAUUUGCUUAUUCGUCAAGCCAGUAUUGUUUCUCCUCAAUUGACCAAUGUACCUCUACUUAAAUCCCAAGCAUGUUAUUUACCCAUUUCUUCCAAGACAGACAUGCCUUUAAUUGGCCCUCAUCCUGCCUAUCCACAUUUGUUUUUGGCAACAGGUCAUUCUUGUUGGGGUAUUUUGAAUGCACCUAUUACAGGUAAAAUAGUGGCUGAAUGGUUAAUGGACGGUCAAGUCUCUUGUCUUAGUCCACAAGAGAUUUCCUUUUUUGUUCCAGAAUAAAAUGACAACCCCUACUUAUUGUUCUCUCAC